CAGCAGGGCGAGGUCCUCGACCUCACGCGUGGGCGCAUCGCGGGCUCCUCCCCCUGUUCGUCCGCGCGCCUUCAAGCCUCUCGCCGCCGUGACUCCUUCGCCCGAGCCGCUCCCUAAUUCUCUCCCACCACCGAAGCCAACGGAACUCUUCCGCGUAGGCGUCCUUCUCCUCCUCAACCUCUGCUGGACUGGCGUGGAGUGGAAGUGGCGAUCCAUCCGGACGCGAUUGCUUUUUGUUGGAAUUUGCAACAGCCACAUGUCAGGGGUCCAGGAACAGCGAUAUGAAGAACUGUUUGGUGGGUUUUUCUUUGACGAAGAUGCCUUAAGUGGAUGGGUUCCUAAUUGAUGGUUAUUCACUGGAAUAUCCUGACAGCGAGGAUUUUUCAUUGGAUGGGUUGGACAAGGAGCUUGAGGAGCACAAGAACUACGAUGUUCUAGUAAGUAUUCUAGCCAACGGUGAAAAACAGCGAGACAUGGCAACCAUGGUGGAAGGCAACCUAGGCCAUAUUGAGCAGGAUCUGAUCCAAGAUGUUUCUUUAUGCCGACAGGAUUAUAUUGAAGACAAUGAUAGCCUAGUUCUCUUGCGUGAUCAGAUUCAUGACUGCGACAUUAUUUUAUCUGAAAUGGGAUCACUUCUUAGUGGAUUUCAGGUUCACAUUGGUUCUAUAAACUCAGAACUUAGGAGUCUCCAGGAGAAAUCCUUGGAUUUGGGUCUGAGACUGAAGAAUCGUAAGUUGGUUGAGACAAAGCUUGCAGAAUUUGUCGAAGAAAUUGUUGCUCCUCCUGGUUUGUUGAAGGUUAUCAUUGAUGGAGAGGUAAAUGAUGAUUAUAUUAGAAGUCUAAACAUUUUGAGCAAAAAGUUGAGAUUUUCUGAAGUUGAUCCGAUGAUUAAUGCAUCAAAGGCUCUGAAAGAUAUUAAGCAAGAAUUGGAAAGGCUUCGGAAAAAGGCACUAUCAAAGGUGUCUGAUUAUAUCAUUGAGAUAUUCUCUGCCAUGAGAAAGCCUGGAACUAAUAUCCAGAUACUCCAACAAAAUUUGCUUCAGAAAUACAGGUAUCUUGUUCUCUUUCUUAAAGAGCAAGGACUCGAGACUUACAAUGGUGUCUGUGCAGCAUAUGUUGAUACGAUGAACAAGGUGUUGAGUGCAUAUUUUCAUGUGUACGUAGAAGCACUGGAGGGGUUGAAGCUAGAUAUUGGUGUAUCCAGUGAUUUGAUUGGAUAUGACACUAAUAUGGUUGACCUUAUAACAAGGGGGAGAGAGCAUUUGAGAAGUCACCGUUUCAUGUUUUCUUUAGGUGAAAGAGCAAACAUUUUGAAGCAUAUUGAUCAGCCUGGCUUGGUACCUCGUAUAUCUGAAGCCAAUUCUCUGAAAUACCCAUACGAAGUUAUUUUUAGGAGCCUACAAAAGCUUCUGAUGGACACUGCUAGCUCUGAGUAUCUUUUUGUCGAAGCAUUCUUUGGUGAAGAGUCAUUGUUUUAUCGAGUUUUUGAAGGACCUUUUGCUGUAAUUGAUGAACAUUUGAAUAUUACACUUCCAAACUGUCAUGAUGCAGUAUGCCUGAUGCUCAUGAUCUGCAUAACUAGGAAGCACCAGUUGGUUAUGUCCAACAGGCAGCUUCCUUGUCUAGAAACAUAUUUGGAUAAGGCUCUCCUCUAUCUCUGGCCACGUUUCAAGACAGUGUUUGACAUGUAUCUUCAAAGCUUGUACCGAUGCGAUGUGAAAAUGUUAUCUGUGGAUGGGACUCGUCCACACCACAUUGUAAGGUGCUAUGUGGAGUUCACAGCAUCCCUAGUUCAACUUAAUGCUGAAUGUGGAGAUGGCCAGCUUGAUAUGAGCUUGGAACGGUUGCGCUUAGCUGUUGACGACCUACUUGUAAGAUUUGCUGAAAAGUUUGCAACUCCCAAACUGCAACACCUGUUUCUUUUGAAUAAUUAUGACAUGGCCAUCUCUAUCCUGAAGGAAGCUGGCGAAGAAGCAAAAAAACUGCAAAGAUAUUUUGAAGAGAAGCUGGAAUGUAACCUGAUAUCGUUUGUGGAUGAAUUGCUUAUGGAGCAUUUUGGUGACUUAAUUAAAUUUGUGAAGAUUCACAUUUGUAAGUUGAAGAAAACUGUAGCACAAGUGCAUGUGAUUGUUGUUACUCACAGGAAAAAAACGGAAAAUGACUCUUUUGUUUUUUUAGCUGAAGACCUAAUUUCUUACACUGAGCCCCCAAACAUUGCUGAUGUUGAGCCAGUUGUAAAGAACUUCGCAGUGAAGUGGAAAAAUGCUCUAGAGCUCAUGCACAAUGAAGUUGUAACUUGUUGCAGUAACCUUCUGUCUGGUAUGGCAAUUCUAAAAGCAGCAAUGGCUCAGUUGCUUAAUGAUUAUAACAGACUCUCAGAAUGUGUGAAGAUGAUCCCAGGGGGGUCUUCUUUGAACAGGAAUCUGGUUUCUAUUACUUCCAUUUCAUAUGAAAUCAGGAAAUAUUCGAGAACACUCUAGUUCCUUGAAUGGUUUCAUAGAUGGAUGCAUAUCCUCUGCAUAAAGGGUCAAAUGUUUGGCUAAUGGACUGUCAAGAUCAAAGCUGGAGAGAAACCAGUUUGUCACUAUUUGGGCAAGUGUUGGGGCUUGUUUUUCCUUUAAUUCUUUUAAGGCUGUGUCAUUCUGCAAUAGGCAGAUGAUACCCGUUUUAUGUUGGUUUCUGAGUUACAAAGUGCUCGAUUUCUCAAUAUGUGGUUGACUUGAUGAGCAUAUCAUGCUUUUAAAGUGGUGUUCUCUUAGUUUCUGUAGAUGUUUAAUUUGGAUUGGAUGGUUGGCCAGGUUUUGGGAAGGUGAAGGUGACGGAUUGUAGAAGUGCUAGAAUCCUCUAGCUGCUCAAUUCCUUCAUUUGUUA